CGCGGCAGACGGCGAGAGAGCAAGGCCGAAGGUAACACAGCGGCCGGGAGGCGGUUCGGAACAGUUAUAUUUGUGUUUUUUCUUACUGUCAAGGAUUACCAAAGGAAAGGGGAUGUUUAGUUUGGUCUGCCAAGGAACACAGAGGAGUGCCAGAAACCUUGUUCAGUCUUCCAUUUCCUGCUGUGCCGCUAGUGCUGUGGGAUCUUUCCAUCUUUCACCACCAGUUAUUGAGAGGAAACGGCCUCCUCUUACCACCGCAAUGUCAACUGCUCCACCGCCCAUUGCUUCAAAGACCCAUGGCAUUGAGAAAAGUGUUUGGGUCGAGUUCAUCCAACUGGCGCUGGAGGUGAAACCCCUCAACUUAGGCCAAGGGUUCCCUGACUUUGCAGCUCCAGACACUGUCCGAAAGGCUCUUGCCCAAGCCUGCACAGAUGAGAAGAAUGUCCUGCUUAAUCAAUACACACGUGGUUUUGGUCACCCAAGGUUGAUUGCAGCCUUAUCCAAACUCUACUCCAAGCUAAUUGGUAGGGAGCUAAACCCACUGAGUGAAGUGCUUGUCACUGCUGGGGCAUAUGAGGCCCUCUUCGUUACCAUUAUGGGUCUAGUAAAUCAAGGUGAUGAGGUCAUCAUCAUCGAGCCAUUCUUCGACUGCUACGUUCCACAGGUGAAGCUAGCAGGUGGCACACCUGUGUUUGUGCCUCUCCGUCCAAGGAAACCGAGCGGGACCAUGUCCUCUGCGGAUUGGGUGCUGGACCCUGUGGAGCUAGAAGCAGCCUUCAGUGAGAAGACUAAAGCGAUUAUUGUCAAUACUCCCAAUAAUCCUCUAGGAAAGAUCUUCAGUCAAAAUGAGCUUGAAAUGAUAGCUAAUUUGUGCAAGAAGUACAAUUCUGUUGCAAUCAUGGAUGAAGUGUACGAGUGGAUGACAUACACAGGAACGGAGCAUGUCAGGAUGGCUACAUUGCCUGGCAUGUGGGAGCGCACCAUAACCAUUGGCUCAGCAGGGAAGACCUUUUCUGUAACAGGAUGGAAGACCGGUUGGGCAUAUGGGCCUGCAGAACUCAUGAAAGGGCCACAGGUGAUCCACCAGCACUCUGUGUACACAUGCACAACACCUGUCCAGGAGGCAGUUGCACAAGGCUUUGAAAUUGAGAUCGAACGGUUUGGGACACCUGAGUGUUACUUCAAGUCUCUACCAGCUGAGUUAGAGGUAAAACGGGAUAAUGUUGUGAAGAUUCUGGAGGAUGCUGGACUUUAUCCUAUCAUUCCUGAGGGAGGAUACUUCAUCUUGGCUGAUGUGACACCAAUCACAAGCAAGAUUGAUAUAGGAGGUGAUCCCAAUGAGCGGAAGGACUUUCGAUUUGUAAAGUGGCUGUCACGUAAUCGCAAGCUGCAGGGAAUCCCACCAUCUGCCUUCUAUUCCCCAGAGCAUGGUCAGAUUGGAGAGAAUUACAUCCGCUUCUGUUUCAUCAAGGAGGAUGAAAACCUUGAGAAAGCUGGAGAGAUUCUUCGUGCUCUCAAGAAGGAUAUUGAUGAAGGAAAUGUCUGAGCUUGGAUAUUCCUUGAACUGCCCUGUCUUUCUUGAUUCGCCGUUGGUCAUAGCCUCACUAAAGGAAAGUGUGGCAUGGCAAUGAAAAUUCAUGAUUUCAUAAAGGAGAACCGUUUUGUUUUGGUGCAAACUUUAAAUUGAAACCACUUUAUUUUAACUCAAAGCCUUGGGGAAAUGUUGCAUUCACUGUGGGAUUUUGUGAAAUGGCUCUGCAAGUGCCUUGCCACUAAGGAGUCAUUGAGUAGACCUUGUGGAUUCGCCUGAUUUCACCUUUCCUUGAGUUUGCGGGGGGGAAAAAACUUUUUUACUAAUGCUUUCAUUGUCGAUGCUGUUAUUGUUAUUAUAGACAUGUGAUUAUUAUACUAUUAUUGAUAUUACUAACAGCAAUUUUAGAUACCAGAAAAUGUUUUUUAAAAUUAAGGAAAAGGGUAAACAGGCGAGACAAGUAGUACUCACAAUUGACUCAUUAAUGAUUCAGGACUUGGGAGUGACCUAUGUGUAAAAACAGUUAAUGAAUUAAACUUGUUGUGGCCAUGGCAUGUACCUGCCAUCCUCAGCAGUGCCUGGUCAAGGAUCAAUUAUUUGCAAGAAAACAAGUUAUUUUUAAGUAUUAAAUGUCUUCUCAGAGACCAGGAAGCAGGAAGACUUAAAUAUGAAUUUAUGAGUAAUCUACACCUGAAUACAAAGGAGGGCAUUGUUCUAUAUAUAUAUAUAUAGAUAUAAAGUAACCAAACCAGUGUAAACAUAUAAACCAGUGUAAACAAAUACAACAUUAAAAUAUAUAUAUAUUCUA